AAACCCAAUUAGGAUGAAGACGAAGACGCCCUUGAAUCUGAAGAAGCAGCUCAAGCUCUCUGUUCCCGCUCAAGAAACCAACAUCACCUCAUUCUUGACUGCCAGUGGCACAUUUCAUGAUGGGGGCUUGCUUCUGAACCAGAAAGGGUUGCGGCUUAUCUCCGAAGAAAAGGAGGUCCGACCUUCUGAUAGUAAGGAGCUCAAUGUUGAAUUUUCCUUGGAAGAUCUCGAGACUAUCAAGGUUAUUGGGAAAGGAAGUGGUGGUGUAGUACAACUUGUACGCCAUAAAUGGGUUGGGAAACUAUUUGCCUUGAAGGUUAUUCAGAUGAACAUACAAGAGGAAAUUCGUAAACAGAUUGUGCAGGAACUAAAAAUAAACCAAGCAGCACAAUGUCCACAUGUGGUGGUUUGCCACCACUCCUUUUAUCAUAAUGGGGCAAUUUCUCUUGUAUUAGAAUACAUGGAUCGUGGAUCUCUUGCAGAUGUGAUCAGACAAGUUAAGACAAUUCUUGAACCAUAUCUUGCAGUUGUGUGUAAACAGGUUUUACAAGGUCUUGUCUACUUGCACAAUGAAAGGCAUGUAAUUCAUAGAGACAUAAAACCAUCCAAUCUGCUAGUAAACCACAAAGGGGAGGUCAAGAUUACUGAUUUUGGUGUGAGUGCUUCACUUGCUAGCUCCAUGGGUCAGAGGGACACAUUCGUUGGUACUUACAAUUACAUGUCGCCAGAGAGAAUUAAAGGGGGUACUUAUGACUACAGCAGUGACAUAUGGAGUUUAGGCAUGGUGAUACUUGAGUGUGCUAUUGGGCGGUUUCCUUACAUGCAAUCUGAAGAUGAACAAAGCUGGCCAAGCUUUUAUGAACUUUUAGAGGCAAUUGUUGGAAGCCCACCACCAACUGCACCACCAGAUCAGUUCUCCCCCGAGUUCUGUUCUUUUGUGUCUGCCUGCAUACAGAAGGAUCCUCAAUACAGAUCAUCAUCCUUGGACCUUUUGAGUCACCCAUUCAUCAAAAAAUUCGAAGACAAGGACAUUGAUCUUGAGAUUCUGGUGGGUAGCUUGGAAUCCCCUGUAAAUUUUCCCAGAUAG